GGGAAUACAGGCUUACCGCUCCACAUGGCUGACGUUUUGGUGCUCAGAGCGAUCCGGGGCAACGCCAGGAGCCUGAACUUGAACGGGAAGAGACUGCAGCGAGUGCCGCGGGCGGUGGGCGGACUCACCCAGCUGAUCAGCCUGCAGAUGAAGAGCAACCUACUGUGCCAGCUACCGCCAGAGGUGGCAGCACUGAGCAAUCUGACUGUGUUAAACUUGGGGAACAACAACUUUAUACAAGUCCCACAGGAGCUGAAGUAUCUCCAUUCCUUACAGAAACUGCACCUGUUUGGAAAUAAGAUCACCGAAAUACCAUCCGAUGUAUUUGAUGGCUUAGAAAAUCUAAUUUUCAUUAAUUUGAACAACAACCAGCUUGAGCACAUUCCCUCAGAAAUUUACAAGUUGCAGCGUCUUGAAAAACUCAGCAUUAACCAUAAUCUUCUGAAAGACAUUCCUAAAGAGUUGUGUGCCCUGCAAAACCUACAGGAAUUACACUUUGGAAACAACAAGUUGGAGAUGUUGCCGGAGCAAAUAGGCUAUUUAACCAAUCUGAAGGAGCUGCAUGUCUAUCGCAACAAUCUGAUUGGCCUGCCUGAGGGUCUUUGCAAGUUGAGGAAGCUAAGAAUCUUGGAUGUUGCAGGAAAUCAGAUUCAGUCCUUUCCAUCCCAUAUGCAUGAGAUUCCACUGCUAGAACUGUACUGUGAAGAGAACCCUCUGCUAAAGAGAGAGCCUGUGAGCGCCAUUCAAGAUGAAGAAAUUCUAUCCCUGAAGGAAAUGACAGCAAGAUUCAUCUUACAUCAUGUACAAGACAGAGACUCCAUGAUACGACGGCAAAUCCCCCAUUAUCCUGAAGCCAAGGCAAUACUUUCCAGCAGGAAUAUCUGUACCCUGUGUGGGACGUGGUUUCUAGACAUGUGGCUUGAAUGUGUAAAGUUUGUAGAUAUAAAAAAGAAAAUGAAAACCUCUAGCAAUUUACAGCUUCUGCCAGUGAAGAUUUUACUAUGUUCAUACAGAUGCUUCAAUCAAAGACAGAGUGAUAUGUUUGGAGUAGCAGUGUAG